AUCCCUAAUUUCUCGAUUUGGGGGAAUCGAAACGCCGGAGACAUUUGGUAUUAUUCAUAAUAACAUCGCACUCCUCUCGUCCCUCAUCCUCAUCGCCUUAGCUCAGCUCUUUUCUCCGGAUCUGCAUCUCCGUCAACCACGCCGAUCAAGAUCAACCAGGAUAACUUUGUUUUUUUGAGAAGAUGUCUACUGUGUCCAAGACCAGAUCAAGAGACAAGAACGUCGUGAGUGAUUCACACAAGGCACCAAGUAAAGCCUCGGGAUCCAUAGGUGCAACUACUGGUGGUGCCUACAAUCUUCUUUUGGAGACCGUUGAGUCAACCGGUUCCGCAUCGCUUCACAACAAUGGCCGUUUCAGAAACAUUGAUGACUCGGAUUCAACCGGAGCCGACUGUGAUUCCGUCUCUAACAACGGUAGUUGGUCAGGCGAUUCGGAAGAUCACAAAGAGAAAGCAGCACCUUCCACAGCUACCGCGAAGCAAGAAACCAUCCCCGGAGCAGCUGACAACGAUAAGCGAGAGAAGAUGCGGCUUAAGAACGAAAGAAAGCACCAGCGUCAGAAGGAGAAGCGAGCUCAGGAGUUGCACGAGCGGUGCUGUCAGUUUCUGAUGUCGAGGAAGCUUGAAGUGCUUGUUCAGCAGGUCAUAGCUAUGGGGAUUUCUCAUGAUAGGGCGACUUACGCUCUGAUGUUGAACGAAGGGAAGAUAGAAGAGGCUAUUAGUUGGCUGUUUGAUGAUGGUGGGGCAAAUGUAGCGGAUGAGAAACUAGUUCCGACCUCUGGGAACUUAAAGCUUGACAUAUCGCAAGAGCUGGGGAGAAUCUUGGAGUUGGAGAGGGAAUAUAAGUGCGCCAAGCAGGAUGUAGAAAAGGCUGUGGUUACAGCGGAAGGGGAUAUUGAGAAAGCAGAAGAGUCAUUAAGAAGACAGAAGCAAGAGCAACCUACUGCUUCUGUAAAAACAGAGGAUGUUAGUGAUAGUGCUUCAGUUAGCAAAGCCCCUUCUGUGCAUGCAAGUGAAAGCAGAGUAGCACAGUUGCAACCUAACUCAGGUAUGUAUACUUCAGGGGGAGAAGAAGAUAGAAGGAGUCUCGGUUACCUUAGAGGAUCCAGCUAUGUUAAUGGAGAAUCCGGAAACCAGAGAGUAGAUAGAAUUCACAUGGAAUUGCAGUGGAUGAAAAUGCAACAGAAUGCUGCCCUGGAAGAGAAGAAACGCAUGUUAAAUCUACAAACACAACAGCUGUCACGGCCAAGAGAAGAAACGCAUUAUGUGUCGGCUCAAGGUGGUGGUCAAUUCAAGAGACUUCAGCAGAGGGAACCAGUUAUGGCGAUGCAGCAACAGCAGCAGCAACAACGCUCUCAGUCAGCUAACACGAAUACAUUACCUGUCUCUACCAUGAAUUCAUCCUUUACCGUAUCAGCAGCAGCACGAGGAGGAGGCAGUGAUUGGUACCCUGCAAAUAGAUCUGAAGCGGCUCAGUCCAACGGGUACUUACCCACAAGAACUCUGCCUCCUAAUGAUCAAAAUUCAAACCUGAUGUACCAGCAACUUCAGUACCAACACUAUCAAGGCCAGGUGAGCAACGGUCACAGGAUGUCAGGGGGUACUGCACCGCAUACUGUGGCUCCAGCUGCUUCUCUUGGGCUCUUCUCGGGGUAUGGAUCAACAUCUUCAUCUGGGCUUGACUGGAACACGGAUGGGUCAGUGGGAUACUCGGAUUACAACAACAUUGAUUGGAGUUUAGACAGAGGCCUAGCUAGUCCGAGGCCAAACCUAGCGGCAUCAUCCUCAUAUGAAGCACACAUGAAUGGAAGGACGAGAACUAUGGGAGUUCAGGAAGCUGCAUUAGUGGGGAAUGGAAGAGAAUGGACAUCGCCGUUUGAGGGUAAAGAUCUGUUUAGUUUGUCUAGGCAAUACGUACCUCCUUCGCUUUGAAAGUGAAAGCUGCUUCUGUAAUAAAAAUGAUGAUGGAUGGGUACGAGUUUGUGGUUACUAGUUUUAUCAAAUGUUGCGUGCAUGUUUGCUCAA